CUUCCAUGCACUUUUCUCUCGCACUAUAAAUUCAACCUUAGCGCCAAAAAGGUCACUAUGUAUUCUCUUAUCCUAUUGUAGUGGUGACUGGUGAGUACUAAACACUCUUUCCCCUCUUCGUCUUCUUCGUCUUCUUCUUCUUCUUCCUCUUUCUCUACUUCUCUUCUCUUCUUCUCCAUUGGCGGGAGAUCUUCUCCAUUGGCGGGAGAGAGAGAGAGAGAGGGGAGAGCUUGCGAUGCCGACGCUAAACUUGAGCACGAACGUGCCAGUCGACGCUGUGGCGGCCUCCGACAUCCUCAAGGAUUGCAGCCGCACACUCGCCAAGAUCAUCGGCAAGCCCGAAUCUUAUGUGAUGAUCUCACUGAAUGGGGGAGUUCCAAUGGCAUUUGCCGGGAGCGAAGAACCGGCCGCGUAUGGUGAAGCCAUUUCCAUUGGCGGGCUCGGGCCUAGCGUUAAUGGAAAGCUCAGUUCGGCUCUUGCCGAGAUUCUUCAGACCAAGCUCUCUGUUGAUAGUUCCAGGUUUUAUAUCAAGUUCUAUGAUGUGCAGAGAUCAUACUUUGGCUUCAAUGGCUCCACGUUCUAGUACUUCCAUCUCCUGAAGAAGAAAGAUUGCUUGAUCUCAUCGACCACACCAUUCUCUUCUCCUCGAAAGUAUGAAUAAUCCUUGCAUCCAUGUAAUGCUGUUUCAUAUGUAUGCUUUUUUUGCUAUAUAUUACAUGUUAGAACCUCCUUUGUUAUGUGGAAAAGCUUACAUUACACACUUUUAUGGAACUGAGCUAAUGUUAGUGUUUGACUUUGGUAUAUUAAUUAUCGACUGAUGGAUUAGUGCAUCUUUGUGGAA